AAGAGUCCUUAUUGACACUGGGGAGCCAUCUAUUCCUGAAUAUAUUGGCUGUUUGAAGCAGGCAAUGUCACAGUUCAACAUCUCAAUUCAAGAAAUUUUAGUGACGCACUGGCAUUAUGAUCAUUCUGGUGGAAUAUGUGAUAUCUGCACAAACAUCCCUAAUGACUCUGAAUAUCGCAUCUGUAAGCUUCCUCGUGUCCCUCACCGUGAAGAAAUAAUACAAGGAGGACAUAAAUAUUUUUAUCUUAAAGAGGGAGAUGUGAUACAGACAGAGGGAGCCACACUCAGAGUUUUACAUACGCCUGGACACACUGAUGAUCAUAUGGCUUUACAUCUAGAAGAAGAAAAUGCUGUGUUUUCCGGUGACUGUAUUUUAGGGCAAGGAACAACAGUAGUUGAAGACCUGCAUGAUUACAUGAAAACUUUGAAAAGGUUGUUACAAAUGGAAGUAGAUUUAAUAUAUCCAGGUCAUGGCCCAGUAGUACGUGAUGUAGGUGCUAGAAUCCGAGGCUACAUUUCUCACCGAACAGCACGUGAACAGCAAAUUCUAAAUGUUUUGCAGAAGAAUGCUGGAAAAUCAUAUACAUCCUUGGAGCUUGUAAAGAUAGUAUAUGAGGAGAUCCCUGAAAAUUUACAUCCAGCAGCAGAAUGGAACCUUAUGGUCCACUUGCUGAAGUUGGAAAAAGAAGGAAAAGUGGUAUGUGAGGCGUCUCCCAGCGUCAGAUGGAGAAGCAAUUUAUAA